AUGUUUUUAAGGUGGCUUGAUUUGACCGUCUGUGACCGAAAUGCUGAGGAUAAAUCUUCAAGUCAUGAGUGUAACCAGCGCAUGAUUCUCCUUUAUGGCAUCGGUAAGGAACGUGAUGAAGCGAGGCAUCAGCUGAAGAAGAUUACCAAAGACAUCCUCAAAAUUCUGAACAAGAAGAGCACUACAGAAAUGGGCGUUGGGGAUGAAGGGCAAAAAGCCAGGAAGACCAAACAAGAAGCAUUUCCAACUCUAGAGACCGUGUUCACAAAACUACAGCAGCUGUCCUAUUUUGAUCAACAUCAGGUGACAUCUCAGAUUUCCAGUAAUGUCCUUGAACAGAUCACAAGUUUUGCCUCGGGAACAUCGUAUCAUCUUCCCUUGGCUCACCAUAUACAGCUCAUCUUUGAUCUCAUGGAGCCAGCACUGAAUAUCAAUGGACUUAUAGACUUUGCAAUACAGCUGCUGAACGAGCUGAGCGUGGUGGAGGCAGAGCUGCUGCUGAAGUCGUCCAGCCUGGCGGGCAGCUACACCACGGGGCUGUGCGUCUGCAUCGUCGCCGUGCUGCGGCGGUACCACGCCUGCCUCAUCCUCAGCACCGAGCAGACCGCGCAAGUCUUUGAAGGGUUGUGUGGGGUGGUGAAGCAUGUCGUUAAUCCCUCCGAGUGUUCCUCUCCAGAAAGGUGUAUUUUAGCUUACCUCUAUGAUCUGUACGUGUCCUGCAGUCACCUGAGGAGCAAGUUUGGAGACCUCUUCAGUAGCGCCUGUUCUAAGGUGAAGCAAAUGAUAUACAGCAACGUUCAGCCUUCAAAUUCCAACUUACUGUGGGACCCCGAGUUCAUGCUGGAUUUUAUUGAGAAUCCUUCUGCUCACAGCAUCAACUACUCGAUGCUGGGCAAGAUCCUGAGUGACAACGCAGCCAACCGCUACAGCUUUGUCUGCAACGCGCUGAUGAACGUGUGCAUGGGGCACCAGGACGCGGGAAGGAUUAAUGACCUAGCAAACCUCUGCGCUGAGCUGACGGCGUGCUGCACAGUGCUGAGCUCAGAGUGGUUAGGGGUUGUAAAGGCUCUUUGCUGCUCUUCAAAUCAUGUCUGGGGUUUCAAUGACCUGCUCUGCAGUGUGGAUGUGAGUGACCUGUCGUUCCACGAUUCCCUGGCCACUUUCGUAGCCAUCCUGAUUGCCCGGCAGUGCUUUUCUCUGGAAGAUGUGGUUCAGCAUGUCGCACUGCCCUCUCUUCUUGCAGCUGCCUGUGGAGAUCCGGAUGCUGAGCCUGGGGCGAGGAUAACCUGUCGGCUACUCCUGCACCUCUUCAGGACCCCCCAGGUCUGUCUCUUUCCCCAGGGAUCAGGGAAAUUAUUUCCUGGAAUUCGUUCUUCUUGCGAUCGUCACCUCUUGGCUGCUGCUCACAAAAGUAUAGAAGUGGGAGCUGUGUUUGCAGUCUUAAAAGCAAUUCUGAUGCUUGGCGAUGCUGAAAUUGGCAGCAACAAUGUCAGCUCCCUGAAGAGCGAAGAUUUUCAUGUGAGAGGCUUACUAGAUGAACUCAAUGAGGAUGAAAUCUGGGGUUCCUCUCACACUCUGAAAUCGUGUGGAAAAGCUGUUUCCAUAGAAACUGCAAGUUUAAGCGAGUAUGCUAGAUACGUGCUAAGAACAAUUUGCCAGCAGGAAUGGGUUGGCGAGCACUGUUUAAAAGAACCUGAGAGGCUGUGCACAGACAAAGAUCUGAUUUUGGAUCCCGUUCUUUCUAACAAGCAAGCACAGAAACUCCUUCAACUUAUCUGUUAUCCACAUGGUAUCAAAGAAUGCACCGAGGGUGACAACCCUCAGAGGCAGCACAUCAAGCGCAUACUUCAGAAUUUAGACCAGUGGACUCUGCGGCAGUCUUGGCUGGAGCUGCAGCUAAUGAUCAAACAGUGCAUGAAGGAGCCUGGUUCUGGGUCUGUGGCUGAAAUGAACAGCUUGUUGGAUAAUAUUGCAAAGGCGACAAUAGAGGUGUUUCAGCAAUCCGCUGAUCUAAACAAUAACUCUUCUAACUCUGGUAUAGGCCUCUUCAGUCCAAACUCUGUUGGAAAUACUGACACAAGUAAUACGAGACAGAAUGGUAAAAAGACAUUCCUAAGUUCCUCUGAGAGGCGCGGAGUGUGGCUGGUGGCUCCCUUGAUUGCCAGACUGCCUACUUCUGUUCAAGGUAGGGUCUUGAAAGCUGCAGGAGAGGAACUGGAGAAAGGUCAGCAUUUGGGGUCAUCUUCUAAGAAGGAAAGAGACAGACAGAAACAAAAAAGCAUGUCUCUCUUGAGUCAACAGCCUUUCCUUUCAUUGGUACUUACUUGCCUUAAAGGACAGGAUGAGCAACGGGAAGGGCUUCUAACAUCACUGCAGAAUCAAGUUAAUCAGAUCCUUAGUAACUGGCGGGAAGAGCGGUACCAGGACGAUGUUAAAGCCAGGCAAAUGGUGCAUGAAGCCCUACAACUUCGUCUUAACUUGGUAGGUGGCAUGUUUGAUACCGUGCAGAGGAGCACCCAAUGGACAACUGACUGGGCACUUCUCCUCCUGCAGAUAAUCACUUCUGGAACUGUUGAUACACAGACCAACAACGAACUGUUCACGACUGUGCUGGAUAUGCUGGGCGUCCUCAUCAAUGGCACACUGGCCUCGGACUUGUCAAACGCUUCCCAAGGAGGGCCUGAGGAAAACAAAAGGGCUUACAUGAAUUUAGUGAAAAAAUUAAAAAAGGAGCUGGGAGACAAGCGGUCAGAAAGCAUCAACAAGAUCCGCCAGCUGCUCCCUUUGCCAAAGCAGACAUGUGAUAUUAUCACUUGCGAGCCAAUGGGAUCCUUGAUUGACACCAAGGGGAACAAAAUUGCAGGAUUUGACUCCAUUGAUAAGAAACAGGGUCUUCAAGUUUCAACAAAACAAAAGGUGUCCCCUUGGGAUUUAUUUGAAGGACACAAAAAUCCUGCUCCUCUCUCCUGGGCAUGGUUUGGUACAGCUCGUGUCGACAGGAAAGUGAUAAAAUAUGAGGAGCAGCAGCAUCUCCUCCUGUACCACACACACCCCAAACCCAAGCCACGGAGUUACUACCUUGAGCCCUUGCCCCUUCCUCCAGAGGAAGAGGAGGAAGAGCCCACCACACCUGUGUCUCAGGAACCAGAAAGAAAGUCAGGAGAACUCUCUGAUCAGGGAAAACAUGCCACGGACGAUGAGAAGAAGAUAAAGGGCAGGAAGCGAAAGUCGAAGUCGAGCUCAAGGGGUGAUGAAUAUCCACAGAACAACAUAUACAGAGUGCCUCCCACUUACUCUUCGCUCUCCUCCCAAAUGAUGCCCCAUCCUCAGCCUUUGUGGGGUUACGGCGUCCUGGGGCAGCCGCAGCAGCCGGGCUUCUUCGGGCAGAGCCAGCCCCUCACACCAGGUGGCUCCAGGUUGGAUCCAGCAGGCUCCUUUGUCCCGUCAAACACGAAGCAAGCCCUGUCGAACAUGCUGCAGCGGCGCUCGGGCACCACCAUGCAGCCCCUGUCUCUCCACGCGCCCGCCCCUCAGCACCAGCUGCUCCAGAUGAAGCUCCUGCAUCAAGAGCAGCAGCAGCAGCUCCUCAGGCAGCAGGUGCAGUCACGGCCCCUCCAACAGAGUCAACCGAUGGACCAAGCUGCUAUUUUCACUCCGCAAGUUCGACCUCCGUCUCAGCUCCCACCGUACCCAGGGUUACAGCCAGCACAGACCAUGCCUCACGGGUACACCAUGUACAGCACGCCGAUGCCUUUGCAGCAGCAGCAGCCU